ACCUCACCUGCGAUAUUGUUAAACACGAACCGGUCUCCUUACCCCGUAUCCUUGGCUCUUAGUGUUCGCAAAGCCGUGUUUCUCCGAAUAUACCCUGUAAUACUUGGUGUCUCGAUCUGAAGCCGUUGCUAUCGCCAAUUGAACAUCAUAGUUGGCCCCUCCUCGUACCCCUCCUAAAAUCGCUUUUGCCGUCCCUCACUGUGAAUCACUCGGUGGAUAUGGCUUCCUAUUCGACCGGCAGCGAGGCCUUUGCCCGCGAAAAACUCUCUUCUACUGUGCAGCAGUCCACUUCCCCGUCAUCGUGGGCAGACAAGUACCGAGGGGCUACUGUCGAAGAUCUGGACCCCCCUCCGGCACUGUCAGUCUCCCCUAGCGACUUAGUCUCCUCUGCCAUGCUCGCAGCCUACGAACGUGAUUUCACUCAUUUAACCGUCACCUCUUCUACGAAACGAUCCCUACUUGGCUACCUCAGCAUUCCCCGGCUCAAGCAACUCUUAAAAGACGGAACUAUCAAAGAAUCAGACUCCGUGUCUACCGCCAUGCAGCGGUUUAACCGGAAACGGGGCUUGUACCAGGUAAUCACAAUGGAGACUCCCUUGGAGGAAUUGGAGCAAUUCUUCGAGAGUGAAGCCGGUCCCAAUGGCGAGAAGCGAGAGAAACAAGAGUUUGCCGUUGUAACAGAUGCAUCACGGAAAUUUGUGCUCGGAGUGGUGACGAAGGGUGACCUGGAGGAGUUCGUGAAGAGGAGGCCAUAAGUUGGAUCUUAACAUAUCCCUCUCCUUCUUUUUCUUUAAUUUUUUCUCUUCUUCUGGCUCGGGUUCAACUUGUUUAUAUAAAUCUGUCAGUGCAUUUCCAGGCGCGGCUUUUUCAACAUGGGCUGGUUGUAAUACUGGAACUAUCGUCUUCCACAAGGGUCUGAAACGGGACAUCUUAACGGCCUGCGGCACCCUUGUGGGCGUGUUCACAUUCAUGGAUUUAGUUGAAUGGUGUAGGAAUCUCAGAUAUUCAACUG